AUGGUAUUAAUGGUACUUAUACUAGCAAUGAAUCAAGAGAAGCAAUUGUUUACCAGCUUUAAAACAGUUGAAUUAUGGAAAGAAUAUUUUGAGAAAAGCAAGGAAAGAUAUGAAAGUGAAAUUAAGAUACGAGAUGAGGAGAUUAAAAGAAGUCAUCAAGAAAUUGAUGGUCUAAAGAAAACUAUAAAUAAAUUGGAAGCAGAAAAUAAUAGUUUAAAAGGUCAUAACACAACCGGUAUAUACAAUUAA